UUGCGGGGGGUUGCAAUAAUAUCUCCCACCCAUUUCAUCUGACGUUUAAGAUGGGUCUCUGGAUUACAAGCAAUAUCUAUAUUAUUUUUACCUAGGUGUAUGAUAAUAAACUUCCUCUUAAAUGGAGACGUAAUACCCCCCACAUUCCAUGAUAAGAUGUUUACUCCUCUGGAUAUCUGACCUUGGAUUUAACAAGACAAUAGGAGGAAAAGGGAAGAGAGCGCGUGUGAGGGGAAGAAGGAGGAGACAGAGAAAAAAAAGAAAUCCCACCCUCCAAAACUGAUGAUCCCCCAGACAUUCCAUUAUAGCUGAAGAAACGGACAGAGCACUGAGAGACAUUAGCGCUGCGUAAUCUGUUGGCGCUCUACAAAUAACCCAUAAUAAUAAUAUCAGGUAUUGAUGUAACUGGAGUGAAUAAGGGAACCUUCUUUCUGAGCACAGACGCCUGUUAUCAGCAUGAACUCAUAUGUGUUAGACAAACACAUGGAUAGUUCAUAUCCAUCCUUCAUUACAGGAAGCAUCAGAAUGAUAUCACAGACACAGACAUUUUUAGACACCAAUGACUAUUCACAAACAUUGGGUAAAUCACAGCAGAUAUUUAAAGAAGAUGGUGAAUUGGAAGGAGCUGGGCAGCAAUCAUUAUGUACAGAGAGUAAUUUAGUAAUCAAACAAGAGGAAAACAUUUAUGCCUUAUCUAGUGAAAUGAUUAUCCCUGAGGAUAAGCCACAAACAUUUACUGAGUUUUCACAAAUUUUUAAAGAAGAGAAAAGUCUACAGUCUAGCCAAAUGAUUCAUACAAAGGAGAAACAUUUCAAAUGUACAGAAUGUGAGAAAAGCUUUAGAUAUAAGUCUCAUCUCCUAGAACACCACAGAAUUCACACAGGUGAGAAGCCUCACACAUGUACUGAGUGUGUCAAAUGUUUUAUACAAAUGACAAAACGUAUAGCUCAUGAAAGGACCCACACAGGAGAGAAACCAUUUAACUGUACAGAGUGUGGAAAAAGUUUUACACAAAUGUAUAAUCUGAAAACUCAUAAAAAGAAUUACACUGGUGAAAAGCUUUUCACAUGUACAGAGUGGGGAAAAAGUUUUACAGAAAAGAGUUGUCUGAAAUAUCAUCAUGAAAGGAGUCACACAGGGGAAAAGCCAUUCACAUGUACAGAGUGUGGAGAAAGUUUUACACGAAAGGAUAAUCUGAAAACUCAUGAAAGAAUUCACACAGGGGAAAAGCCUUUCACAUGUACAGAGUGUGGAGAAAGUUUUACACGAAAGGAUAAUCUGAAACUUCAUGAAAGGAUUCACACAGGAGAAAAGCCUUUCACAUGUACAGAGUGUGGAAAAAGUUUUACACGAAUGGAUAAUCUGAAACUUCAUGAAAGGAUUCACACAGGGGAAAAGCCUUUCACAUGUACAGAGUGUGGAAAAAGUUUUAAACAUAAGAGUCAUCUGAAAAAUCAUGAAAGUAUUCACACAGGGGAAAAGCCUUUCACAUGUACAGAGUGUGGAAAUAGUUUUACACGAAUGGAUAAUCUGAAACUUCAUGAAAGGAUUCACACAGGGGAAAAGCCUUUCACAUGUACAGAGUGUGGAAAAAGUUUUAUACAUAAGAGUCAUCUGAAAAAUCAUGACAGGAGUCACACGGGGGAAAAGCCUUUCACAUGUACAGAGUGUGGGAAAAGUUUUACACAAAUGGAUAAUCUGAAACUUCAUGAAAGGAUUCACACAGGGGAAAGGCCUUUCACAUGUACAGAGUGUGGAAAAAGUUUUAUACGUAAGAGUCAUCUGGAAAAUCAUGAAAGGAUUCACACGGGAGAAAAGCUUUUCACAUGUACAGAGUGUGGAAAAAGUUUUACAGAAAAAAGUAAUCUGAGAAAACAUGAAAGGAGUCACACAGGGGAAAAGCCUUUUAUAUGUACAGAGUGUGGAAAACGUUUUAUACAAAAGAGUGAUCUGAAAAAGCAUGAAAGGAGUCACACAGGAGAAAAGCCUUUCACUUGUAACGAGUGUGGAAAAAGUUUUACACAAAUAAGUAGUCUGAAAAAUCAUGAAAUGAAUCACACAGGGGAAAAUCCUUUUAUAUGUUCAGAGUGUGGAAAAAGUUUUAUACAUAAUAGUGAUCUGAAAUCUCAUGAAAGGAUUCACACAGGAGAAAAGCCGUUCACAUGUACAGUGUGUGAAAAAAGUUUUGCACAUAAGGGUAAUCUGAGAAAACAUGAAAUGAUUCACAAGGGAAGAAACCUUUCAUAUGUUUAGAAAGUGGAAAAACAUAAUUUAUGUACGAACUUGCCUGAUAAAUUCAUUUCUUUAAUAUUGGCAAGAGUCCAUGAGCUAUUGACAUAUGGCAUAUACAAUCCUAC